AUGAAUAACACAGCUCACCCUCGACUGCGAAAGCCAACCAAGAUUGACCCUGAAAUUAUGGCCGGGUCGCUCGAAGCGAACACGACAGCCCAUGAGCAGGAUGCAUUACUCAGAGACGAGAUUGAACGCGAAAGAAACACGGAGGAAUCUGCAGAGUUGCGUGACACAAACUACCCUGACUCGAAGCGCGCAUUGUUCCUAGGCAACCGUGUCGUACGUGUGCUUAAGAUUACCCUAGGAUGCAGCUACUCCAAUUUUCUACUGCCAUUUGUGCUUCUGGGCAUAAUUGCAGGGAGUCUAGGAUGGGAUGACUCGAUUUCCUUCGUGUUCAACUUCCUGGCGAUUCUUCCUCUCGCUGCGUUGCUGUCGUUCGCCACAGAGGAAUUGGCGAAAAGUGUCGGGCAAACCGUCGGAGGGCUGGUCAAUGCCACUUUUGGAAAUGCAGUUGAAAUGAUUAUCCUCGGUGUUUCAUUGUUCUGCGGCGGCUAUGCAAAGGAUGUGGUGAAAUGCAAUGUGGAUGUUAGUGGGAUACUGUCAUCCUUGAUGGUGGUCUCCUCUGCGACAUUGAUCGUUCCAUCCGUGCUCGAUUCAACCAUACCAUCCAAGUCCCACGAAGUGGAAGCCAGCGUCCUGAGUCUCUCCCGCGCAGCCUCAGUGGUCCUACUCGCAUUCUACCUGGUCUACCUCUACUUCCAACUGAGGAGUCACUCCGAGCUGUUUGUCGACGAUAAACAAGAAGAGGAAGAAGAGCGAGUUCUGGGCCCCUGGUCGGCAAGCAUCAUUUUGAUCCUUGCAACUCUCGGAGUCACAGUAUGCUCCGAUCGCCUGGUGGACAGCGUCGAUGGCUUUGUAGACAAGUGGCAUGUGAGCCGGGCUUUUAUUGGCUUGAUUGUGGUUCCCAUUGUCGGUAAUGCAGGAGAAUUCAAUACUGUCAUCAAUUCUUCGAUCAAGGGGAACAUGGACCUCGCGAUUGGUGUGAUUGUGGGAAGCACGUUGCAAAUCGCGUUGUUUGUGAGUCCUUUCCUGGUCAUGUGUGGCUGGGUUAUUGGGCAGCCCAUGUCCUUGCGCUAUAGUCCCUUCGAAACUGUGGUAUUCUUCCUAUCGGUAAUAGUCAUGGACUGCUUAAUUCGAGGAGGUCGAUCCAAUUACUACGAAGGGUCCUUAUUGGUUGGAACGUAUCUGAUAAUCGCAAUUGCAUUCUACGUGCACCCAGACGCAGUCGAUGCACCCUUUGUUUAG